ACAAUCUCUCACCCAAAAUCCUCCCUCAUACCCGCGUCUCUCUAUACCUACUCGUCCACGCUCGACACGUCUUUGUGGUGAGUACCUUCCUCUGCGACGCGCAUCACCAGAACCAGCACCACAUACCCAUUCUCUUAUUCUUUGCCGCAUCUGCUCGUGCGAAUUGCGUCGCGUCAACUCUCCGAUCUCGUUUUUAUCUUUGUUGAAAAACCUGAUCAUCUUGGGAGUUGCGCGCUGCUUCGUCGCUCGCGUUGCAUCAUCUUCACCUUCGCCUUUUGCGCGCCCGUCUAAGCAAGCAUAGCUGACCAAAGCGCAUCACAGUUCACGACAUCACCACCACUUUCUCGUUCCCAAAUUCAUUUCCAAGGUACGCGCCUUCCCUGAAUUCAGCUUUUUCUUUGCACCAAACACGGAUUUUCACGCGACGAGGAACGCAAUUGCGUUUGCGCCUCAACCACCAUCUCCUCGAACCACCUAUUGCCCGAGCUUAGCUUGAGCUACCCCUCGUCAUUUACAUCGCGUCAACCGCGUUGGCUCUUUCAGCUCUCUCCCCAGCGCACUUCCUCCAUCACUUCACCUUCGCGCAUUCCAAGUCUUGAGCAAGUUUGACUCACACUCCAUAGAACACAUCCAAAAUGCCUAAGGCUGCUGCUGGCAAGCGUGGAAAGGUUGAGAAGAAGCGAGGCAAGAAGGACCCCAACGCCCCCAAGCGUGGCCUCUCUGCCUACAUGUUCUUCGCCAACGAGCAGCGUGAGAACGUUCGUGAGGAGAACCCCGGCAUCUCUUUCGGCCAGGUCGGCAAGCUCCUCGGUGAGCGAUGGAAGGCCCUGAACGAGAAGCAGCGUGCCCCCUAUGAGGCCAAGGCUGCUGCCGACAAGAAGCGAUACGAAGAUGAGAAGCAGGCUUACAACGCCGACCAGGAAGAGGAGGAGUCCUCCUAG